AUGGAUUCAGACACAGCCGUUCAGCUCCUGAAGGCCCAGCAGCAAGUGUGGGACCACUCCUUCGCAUACGUCAAGACAAUGGCUGUCCAGUUUGCUAUCGAACUGGACAUCCCAAGCGUGGUCCAGAGCCACGGCAAGCCCAUCACCAUCGGCGAGCUUGCCGCGGCCCUGAAAAUAGCACCGGCAAGAGCCCCUUUCCUCGGCCGCCUCAUGCGGAUGCUAGCCCACUUGGGCUACUUCGUGGAAAAUUUUAAAGACGGUGAUGAUGAAACGGCGGCCAGCUAUUCCCCAACAGAGAUGUGCGGUUUUUUGGUCAACGACAACCCUUUCAACACAGUAUCGUGGCUCCUCCUAGCCAACGACCCAGUCUUGGUGGACCCGUGGCGCUCCCUCAGCGCUUGGAUUCGUCAACCCACAACCGGCGGCGCUGCUCACAACGGGAAGAAGCUGUACGAGGUGUGCGGGGAGGACCCGCGGGUCGGGAAGCUGCUGGGCGAAGGGACCGGGAGGGACAGCUGGCUGUUCAGCAAGGCGCUGGUGGCCAAGUGUGGGUCCCACUUCCAGGGCCUCAAGUCCAUCGUGGAUGUCGGCGGGAACACGGGCACCACUUCCAAGGCCGUCGCUGAGGCCUUCCCGGAGAUUCACUGCACCGUCUUCGAUCUUGCCCAGGUGGUCUCUGCUCUGGAACCUACCCAACCCAAUCUCAGCUACGUUGCUGGUGACAUGUUUCAGAAAAUCCCGCCAGCAGAUGCUGUCUUCCUCAAGUGGGUACUGUGCGAUUGGGGCGACGAAUCAUGUGUGAAGAUACUGAAGCAAGCCAAGGAAGCGGUGACCAGCAAUGGUAAGGGAAAGGUGAUGAUAGCAGACAUGGUAGUGGGGCACCAAAGCUGCAGCGAUCGCGACGCCACUGAAACACUCUUGAGUUUUGACCUGGUAAUCAUGAUGGCUGCUGAGGGGAAGAUCAGAACAGAAGCACAGUUCGCCAAGCUCUUCUCCGAAGCUGGAUUCACCAGUUACACCAUCACCCCAGUUUGCGGCCUACGAGUCCUCAUUCAACUCUAUCCUUAA